AUGAGACAAAUAUUCCUCAACAGAAACUACAAGAACGAUCUGAGCUUCAACGUUCGUCUGAACGUGUGGACGUUGAAGAUAAUCGGCUCCUGGCCGAGAUCUAUAGAUCGUUCCUGGUUAGAGAACAGCCAGCAUAUUCUCUUAAACGUACUCAGUCACUGUUUGCUCGGUUUCAUCGUGAUACCGACCGGCAUGUUCGCGAUCCUCGUAGUCGAGGAUUUUUACGACCAAUUAAAGAUCUGUAGCGCUCUGAGCUUCUUCAUGAUGGCGUUCACGAAGUACGUGAUCAUGACUGUCCGCGAGGGUGACAUACGGAAGUGUGUCGAGUACGUCGAGGCUGAUUGGAGAAACGUGGAGCACGAGGAGGACAGGAAGAUCAUGUUGGACAACGCGAGUUUCGCCAGGAAACUGAUCGUGAUAUGCGGAGCUUUCAUGUACGGAGGUGUAAUUUUCUAUUACAUCGCUUUGCCGCUCACUCGAGACAAGGUCGUCGAGGAGGGUGGCAAUUUGACGUACAGAAGGCUGGUUUAUCCUGUUCCUAAGUUCAUUCUGGACGUUCGAUACAGUCCUGUGAAUGAGAUUUUUUAUACGGUACAAUUGUUGUCGGGUUUCGUUGCUCAUAAUAUCACGGUUGGGGCUUGCGGUUUGGCCGCGCUGCUCGCGAUGCACGCGUGCGGACAGCUGCAGAUUUUGAUGUCCUGGAUGGAGAAGUUGGUCGAUGGACGGGAGGACGAGGAGAAGAAUUUGGAUCAGAGGUUGGCUAAUAUCGUGGAGCAGCAUGUUCGAGUGAUCAAUUUUAUAGCUCUGACAGAGAACCUCCUGCACGAGAUAUCAUUGAUAGAAAUGGUGGGGUGCACUCUGAACAUGUGUUUCCUUGGCUAUUACACGAUGAUUGAAUGGGACUCUAAAGACCCUAUCAGCAGUCUGACGUACAUAGUACUCCUCACUUCUGUCACGUUUAACAUCUUCAUAUUCUGUUACAUCGGUGAAGUGUUGGCUGAACAGACAGUAAAAGUUGGAGAAAAGUCUUACAUGAUCGACUGGUAUCGAAUGCCAGGAAAGAAAGGUUUGGUCGUACCCUUGAUGAUCUCCAUGUCACAUUCGACCACCAAAAUCACCGCUGGCAAUCUCAUCGUUCUUUCAAUCAGUAGUUUCGGUGACGUUAUCAAGACUUCGGUAACAUACUUGAACAUGCUACGAACAUUCACAACCUAA